CCCAAACCAAAGAGUCAAAACUAGUCUCGUCAAGCUACCGUGAGGCUGCGAGGAACCAUCCCUUGCGAGCUACGGCGUUAUGUGACCCUACCUGAAAGCUCUGCAUAUGGGUAGAGAAGACUCUGCCUCCUCUGUUAAAGUCUUCUUCAUCUUCUUCUUCUUCAGCCCUGAGAUUGAGAGUCUGCAAGGUGGAUGAGUUGGAAAAUUUGGAGUGAAGAUGGAACCGUGUACCAACACAACCUCAAGAUUAACAGUCGUGUGGCUCUUCUCCUUCGUUGCCCUCUCUUUCUUGUUCAGCUUCAGCAACUGCGCCGACCCUACGUUCCUCUAUGACUAUUGCUCCAACACAACUCUUUACACAAACCACAGUAGCUUCCAAGACAACCUUAACAUCCUCCUCCCUUCUCUUUCCUCCAAUGGCACCUCCAACUCCAUCAACAACUAUAGCAACGCCACCGUCGGCCAAAGUCCCAAUACCGUUUACGGCCUCUACUACUGUAGAGGCGAUGCCACCCACGAUGUCUGCGGUGAUUGCGUCAAAUACGCUGCUAUUGAUAUCGUACAGCGUUGCCCCAACGGGAAAGAAGCAGUCAUUUGGUACGAUGAGUGUACUAUGAGGUACUCCAACCAUUACAUCUUCUCCAUUGUCUCCAAUUCCUCUACCAUGACGAUGACGAUGUCGAAUACACAGAACAUCUCUGACCCAACUCGGUUUAAUCAACUCGUGUUCAAUACGACGAAGAAGGUCGCAAUGAAAGCUGCUUCCAAUUCUAAUCGAUUCGCUACUCUGGAAGCUAGUUUUACGGAAUUGCAGAGUCUCUAUACUCUAGGGCAGUGCAGCCGUGAUUUAUCAGUGAACGACUGUUACCGAUGCAUAGUGGGUAACAUUGCUAAUUUCUCGAAUUGCUGUACUAGCAAGCAAGGUGGAAGGGUUUUCAAUCCGAGCUGUGUCGUUAGGUAUGAAGUGUACCCUUUCUAUCUAACCGGAACUUCAGUUCCUUCGCCUACUCCUUUUGUUUCUCCCCCGCCUCCGAGUAACGGAAUUACCAUUCCUGGAAAACGAGGAAGCUCGACGAGAAAAUAUGUUGCCAUUUUUGUGCCAAUUGCAGCUGCAGGAGUGAUUCUUUUCUGUAUUUUCUGUUUGCUACUCCGGAAGAAAAAGAAGGCCUCGCCAAAGGACAGUGGUGAAAAUGAAAACACAAUUAGAAAUUCGAUGUCGUUGCAAUUUGAGUUCAGUAUGGUCCUUGCAGCCACAAACAACUUUGCAGAGAUCAAUAAAAUUGGGGAAGGAGGAUUUGGUUCCGUUUACCUGGGUAAACUUCCCAACGGGCAAGAAGUUGCUGUCAAGAGACUAUCAAGAAACUCAGGGCAAGGUGCAGAAGAAUUCAAGAAUGAGGUUAUGUUAGUUGCAAAGCUUCAACACCGCAAUCUGGUUAGGCUAUUGGGAUUUUGCUUGGAGGGAGAAGAAAAGAUCCUUAUCUAUGAGUUUGUACCCAACAAAAGUCUCGAUUACUUUCUAUUUGAUCCUGAGAAAUGCAAACUGUUAGAUUGGCAGAGACGUUACAAAAUCAUAGAAGGGAUUACUCGAGGGCUUGUGUAUCUUCAUGAAGAUUCCCGCCUUCGUAUUAUUCAUAGGGAUCUUAAAGCCAGCAAUAUCUUGUUAGAUGUGGAAAUGAAUCCCAAGAUUUCAGACUUUGGGAUGGCAAGAAUAUUUGGUGUGGACCAAAGUCAAGCAAAUACAAACAGAGUAGUUGGGACUUAUGGUUACAUGUCUCCGGAGUAUGCAAUGCAUGGGCAGUUCUCAGUCAAAUCAGAUGUAUUCAGCUUUGGUGUAUUAGUUUUGGAAAUUAUAUCUGGAAAGAGGAACAGUAGUUUCUAUCAAGAAGACUUUACUGAGGACCUUAUAAGUUAUGCAUGGGGACAUUGGAGUGGAGAAACAUCCUUGGAUAUGAUUGAUCCAAACCUAAGGGAAAAUUGUUCAAGAAAUGAAGUGAUGAGAUGCAUUCAAAUGGGGUUAUUGUGUGUUCAGGAAGAUGUAACUGACAGACCCACUAUGGCAAACAUUGUCCAUAUGUUGAGCAGCUUUACAGUUACUCUUCCAUCACCCUCACAGCCAGCAUUUUUUGCUCGAAACCUGAUUGAAUCAGGCAUGCUAAUGAAAAGGAAACAAAUGAAGGACGGUGAAUCAGAUCAAUCUAAAAGCAGGUCAAUACCAUUAUCUGUCAAUGACUUGUCAAUCACUGAGUUACAGCCCCGGUAAUGUGAGUGGAUUAAGGGUAAUGUAAUGCAGUAUAAGUGUAUGCUAAUCAUCAACAGUGUUGAGUUUAUGCAACAUUUACUAUGCCUUGAAUUGAAUUAAUCCAUUCACCGAAGUAAGUGAACAGAAUUCAUAUCUUCCUCAAAGCAAGAAACAGAGUAGGGUUGACAACUGGAAAAGAAAAGGGCUAAUUCACAAAAAGGGUAUAUGGUGAAUGAGCAAAUUAGCACUAUAAAUGUAUCUAAAGCUGUAGAAUAAGUACUUUGAGGAGCCUAAGUGAGGAAGAGAAAUUUAAAGUGAGGCCCUUGCAUGCUAGGGGUUUCUCAUUUGCCAACUUCUUGCCUGAUGAGCUUGCUAGAGAAGUAGUUAAAACAGUCAUUAUAUCUGGGUAACCACCCCAUUGAGUAGUCUCCUAUGAGGUGUGUAUGCUGUGGCCCUUCUUUUUCUUGUUAAUGUUGCUGUAGUUGAUGUCUAAUGUUGUACUAUAUUGCUUUGUAUUUCACCUCUCUCAUUUGCAAUAAAAUUUGUGUAAAUUACUCUCUUC